AUUUAUAAACACGCUGACUUAUCAACAGUGGAAAAGAAGUUUUUUCCUCUCUUCAGUAAAAAGAAAACAUCUACUGCUGGAAGGACUGUUCAGGUCUCGAGUGAAAGAAAAUGUCCAAAAUGUUCCGAGCUGUGAUCAUGGGUGCUGCUGGUUCGGGGAAAGGAACCAUCUCGGAGCGGGUGGCGAACAGUUUCGGGCUGCAACAUCUUUCCUGCGGGGACUUUCUGCGCCAGAACAUCGCCGCUAAAACCGAGGCCGGUCUUUUGGCCAAAACAUACAUAGAGAAACGUCUGCUGGUACCAGACCAUGUCAUGACCCGCAUGUUGCUCCCACAUCUAGAGGAGAUGACCCAUCAGGGCUGGAUCUUAGACGGUUUCCCCAGGACGCUAGCGCAGGCGAAGGCUCUGAACAGUUCCUGUGAGCUCGAUCUGGUCAUCAGCCUCAACAUUCCCCUAGAGACGCUAAAGGAACGACUGCGCCAUCGAUGGAUCCACCCGGCCAGCGGGAGGGUCUACAACAUGUACUUCAAUCCUCCCCGUGUCCAGGGAGUGGACGAUAUCAGCGGAGAGCCGCUCAUACAGCACGAGGGCGAUAAACCUGAGGCUCUGGUCGCCAAACUAAGACACUACAAAGAUGUGGCAAAGCCGGUCAUAGAUUUAUACAAGUCCAAAGGCAUCCUGCACACGUUCUCCGACACAGACACGGAUCGGAUCUGGCCGUACAUCAGCUCCCUGCUCAGUACCAAGAUUCAGAUGGACCACGUGGACCUACAGAGGGCCUCGACCCACUGAGUUACUGGUUUCGUCUCCCAGCGCUUAUACAUUUAUUAAAUACGUACAAAAUAAUGCCCCGGUAGUAAAAGUGGACUUUUUGAACCACAGUUAAAAACCUGUUUUAAUUUUAACGUUUGCUUGUGUCAGUUAUUAGGAAAUCUGGAAUGCAUGUGGUAACUGAUCAGCUCCCUUCAAAGAAAUACAUGCACGAUCAAAUGCGACAGUCAGUCAUGGAUGGAGAUGAUUGUAUUCACCUCAGUGAAAGAUAUGAAAGAGAAUCAAAUGUUCAGGUUUUCCAUUUUUCCAUACACUGACCAGGCAUAACAUUAUGAGCACUGAGAGGUGAAGUGAAUAACACAGAUUAUCUCUUCAUCACGGCACCUGUUAGUGGGUGGGGGGGGGGUAUAUUAGGCAGCAAGUGAACAUUUUAUCCUCAAAGUUGAUGUUAGAAGCGGGAAAAAUGGGCGAGCGUGAGGAUCUGAGCGAGUUUGACGAGGGCCAGAUGGUGAUGGCUAGACGACUGGGUCAGAGCAUCUCCAAAACUGCAGCUCUUGUGGGGUGUUCCCGGUCAAAAGUGGUCCGAGGAAGGAACAGUGGUAAAGCGGCGUCAAGGACAUGGGAGGCCAAGGCUCAUUGAUGCACAUGUGGUCCGAUCCAACAGACCAGCUACUCUAGCUCAAACUGCUGAAGAAGUUCAUUCUGGUUCUGAUAGAAAGGUGUCAGAUUACAAAGAGCAGCACAGUCGCAGGGCUGUUUUGGCAGCAAAAGGGGAACCAACACAGUGUUAGGAAGGUGGUCAUAAUGUUAUGCCUAUUCUGUGUAACUCCCCGUACAAAUGGUUUAUUAGCAUUACUUAUAAACAGCAGUUUAGUAUUUUUGGUUUUCUGAUGCAGGAGUGUGUCUGAUCGUAUUGUCAUCUUCUAGCUUCUUAAUUUUUGUUACGCCGUGUGAUAUUUUCUCAACGAUGCUGCGUUCGGAAUUUGGUUAUGCCAGUGUUUAGUUAUGCCACCUGCAGAGACAAUGUUACAUGUACAGAAUGUCUGUAAAAGAGAUCUACCUGUCACGAGUGCCAGAUAUUUCACACACAUUAAUACUGCCAAUUAUUUUCUUUAAAGUGCUUAGUGCUUAGUGUUUAGGAUGUUUUAACCGGGCCAAAGAGAACUUUGUAUUUAGUAAAUUAGUGUCACACCAUUUCCUCAUUUUUAUUUUACAUUAUUGACAUUUGGUAGAGGGCGGCACGGUGGGUCGCCUCACAGCAAGAAGGUCCUGGAUUCGAUCCCCAGGCGAGGCAGUCCGGGUCCUUUCUGUGUGGAGUUUGCAUGUUCUCCCCGUGUCUGCGUGGGUUUCCUCCGGGAACUCCGGUUUCCUCCCACAGUCCAAAAACAUGCAGUCAGGUUAAUUGGAGACACUGAAUUGCCCUAUAGGUGAAUGAUGUGUGUGUGUGUAUGGACUGGCCCCCCAUCCAGGGUGUUACUGUGUGCCUUGCACCCAUUGAAAAGCUGGGAUAGGCUCCAGUACAACCCCCCCCCCUUCCCGCACCCUGAUUGGAUAAUUUGGUAGACACAUAAAGUGCUGUAAGUGUGUACAGUCUAAGCAAUUCAGGGUUAAGAGCUUCGGAUUAUUACUCCAGUACCUUAACCACUAGGCCAACUGCCCUGCAAAGGUCACCAGUUUUCCUCCCAAUUUAGUCAUAUCCAGUCACCCGAACAAAUUUUGCCUCUUUUAUUGCUGCAGACCUCCAGCAAGCACCCCCGCCGAAUCGUGCGCUGCAGUCGGGUUCAUAUGGAGAUCCGUAUCGCGCACGGAGAGUCACACACCAGUUCAAGAGAACAUUUGUUGUCAUUUCAGCUCUAUACAAGUAUAUAUCGAAACGAAACAACGUUCCUCCAGGACCAUGGUGCAACACAGAACAAAAAGUGCAAGACAAGUCUGUAUAUCCCCCGUGUCGACCAGCCUGGGACGAGCCAGUCGUUGUCCGCAUGGGCGCCCAACCUUCCGGUAAAAGAGCUGAGAUUUAAACUCAACAAGCGCGUGACUUACCGCUGUGCCACACUUUUAAAUUAAUUGUAAAUAUAGCUGUGUUUCAAAUGUAUUCAGUUCUAGCACUUGGCUUAUUUCCAUUCAGUUACGUGUCCUGAUAAAACAGGACAAGCUUAUGAACCACAUGAUCAAAGAGAGCAACAUAAAGCCUGUGUGGAACUCAAACGCGACCAAAUAAUACAGUAUUUUACCUGUAAAUACCGCUUUAAAGCUCUCUCUCUGUCUGAAUACACACUAUAUAUACAAACCAAAGGUCAAAUGUAACUUCACAGCUUGUUAUUGUGCAAUACCACACAGGCUGCAUCAACCUGCUUCCUCAAAUUCUCAUAUAUUAAAAAAAACCAAAUAAAAUAAACUUUGUUUUCACAAAA